GGAGGGCGCCGUCUGGGGACGCCCCUGGCAGGCUGCUUGGCGCUCUCUUCCUCACCCGGGUCCCGCCCCUCGCUGGGGAGCUGCGCGGCUGCGCUGGGUCCCCUUUGCAGCCGCAGGUGCCUGAGCCCAGCGCGCAGUCCUGCCGGGGCCAUUCCCUCAGCCGCGUCCUGAUCGGCAGGUGUCUUCUGUUUCCAUCGUUGUUCCUGGCCUGCUGAGUGCUAUCAGUCCCUGCUCCUCGAAUGGAAGCAUCAUCGUGAGAUAUCCAGCCAAUUUCUUGGGGGUCUACAUUGGACAAAGAUGAGUGCUUCUUCCAGAAUACUGUAACUAGAUUGUCCAGGUCAGUUCAGACUUGACCAUGGGAGCCAACACUUCAAGCAAAGCACCAGUGUUUGAUGAAAAUGAAGACGUCAACUUUGACCACUUUGAAAUUUUGCGAGCCAUUGGGAGGGGAAGUUUUGGGAAGGUCUGCAUUGUGCGGAAGAAUGACACCAAGAAGAUGUAUGCCAUGAAGUACAUGAACAAACAGAAGUGUGUGGAACGGAAUGAAGUGAGGAAUGUCUUCAAGGAACUCCAGAUUAUGCAGGGCCUGGAGCACCCUUUCCUGGUGAAUCUGUGGUAUUCCUUCCAAGAUGAGGAGGAUAUGUUCAUGGUGGUGGACCUGCUACUCGGUGGCGACCUGCGUUAUCACCUGCAGCAGAAUGUCCACUUCCAAGAGGACACAGUGAAACUCUUCAUCUGUGAGCUGGCCAUGGCCCUGGACUACCUACAGAGCCAGCGCAUCAUUCACAGGGAUAUGAAACCUGACAAUAUUUUACUUGAUGAACAUGGGCAUGUGCACAUCACAGACUUCAACAUUGCUGCCAUGCUGCCCAAGGAGACCCGGAUCACCACUGUAGCUGGCACCAAGCCUUACAUGGCACCGGAGAUGUUCACCUCUAGGAAGGAAACUGGCUACUCCUUUGCUGUUGACUGGUGGUCGCUCGGGGUGACGGCUUACGAACUGCUGAGAGGCCGGAGACCAUAUCACAUCCGCUCCAGUACUUCCAGCAAGGAAAUUGUGAACAUGUUUGAGACAGCAAUCGUAACUUACCCUUCUGCCUGGUCACAGGAGAUGGUAUCCCUUCUUAAAAAGCUGCUUGAACGUAAUCCAGACCAACGCUUUUCUCACUUGACUGACAUUCAGAAUUUCCCUUACAUGAGUGACAUGAACUGGGACGCAGUCCUGCAGAAGAGGCUCAUUCCAGGCUUCAUUCCAACCAAGGGCAGGCUCAAUUGUGACCCCACUUUUGAACUGGAAGAAAUGAUUUUGGAGUCCAAACCUCUUCACAAGAAAAAGAAACGACUGGCUAAAAGGGAGAAGGAAAUGAAGAAAAGUGACUCCUCUCAGAUGUGCCUUCUUCAAGAGCAUCUUGAUGCUGUUCAGAAAGAAUUUAUAAUUUUCAACAGAGAAAAAGUGAAAAGAGACUUUAAUCAGAGGCAAACAAAUCUAGCCUCGGAACAAACCAAAAACAACGCAGAGGAGGAGGAUGGCCAGAAUAAUAACCUAUAAAGUGCUCGCGAGUCUUCGGGGGACAGUGCUUGGCACCUGGCCGGAAGCUCCUGAUGAGCACACACAGAAGAGCUGACAACAGUCCCUGCCACUCCCACACCUCAUGACUUAGAGAACUUGUACGAAUAGUCUUCGAAGUUGGUGGCAGCACUCUGCAGCGACAGGAGAGGGAGAGCGCCCUGGCUCUGAGCUCUUCAGUUCCGGCUUCAGCAAGCAUCAACUCUGUGACCUUAAGAGAAUCAUUUAACUGCUUCCUCUGUUUUAGUUCACCGCUCGAAAGGUAGAGGGAUUAUAGGGAUUAUUUCAGAAGAGCUAGCCUUUGCUCCAUUAAUGCUACGGUUGCUCUAAACAGCCUUUAUUCUUAUUUUUAAAUGAAUAUUUUGAAUGUAGAUUUAUUUUUUAUUCUUUCUGAUGACAACUGUGAAACACGGACACUGUACACAAUGGGCCUCUUCAGGGCUAGAGAAUAUCACACAGGGGCCAGAAUUCCAAAGCUUGAUUAGGUAGGAAUAAAGAUGUUCCAUUGAGAAUAAAUACAUAGGUCAGAUUAGAAGUAGCAAAGACUCAUGAGACCUUGCAGUGGGGAACUGGAUGGGCAUGGAAUCUGUUUGCAAGUGCCUACUAUGUGCGUGGCCUCCCUCUCACCCUUCCAUGAGGUGGCCUUGAUCAAUUAAACUUGAUUCUGAUGAGAGGUGUCAUAUGCAGAAGUUUAGCAAAUGCUGCGAGUUGGGGCACUUUCUUUUUUUCCCAACAUGGCAGUUGUAAAAUAUCAGACUCUGGUAUGUUUGUCCCUUGGGGCUAAUGUUCCUCAAGAUUAGCAGAGACCUGCUUCUCCAGAGGAUCAGAGAGUACUCCUGGACUACAGCAGAGUUACUUGGAACUAUUCAGUAAAGUCACACCUUACAGGAGAGAUUUGCAGGAGUUUGGGGAGCUGGCAAACUUUCCCUUGAAACUCUACAAAGUGAAGGUGGAAAAAAAGUCAGUUGCUUUUCUGUCAAGAAAUAUAUCACGUUCUUGU